CCAUCAAAUUCUAGAUCCUACAGUGAUAGAGUGUCAAAGGUCCUGUUAUUAGCUUGGACAUACAUAUGUAUUCGGAGUCCUGAUGUCGCUGGAUACAAUCACGUGAUUCACACCUCCACAUGUCCACUCUGGAUUUCGAAGCGACGACAUCAUAUCAAAUCAUUCGCAUUAUCGCAUCAAUACAAGUUACAUAGCGCUUCAUUUGAUUGGUAGUUUGACGGAUUUAUAUGGAAAAUGUGGGUAUAAUGCAGUGCUACUCGGAACUGUGUAUUACUACUGACCUCAAGAUGAUGUCAAUCAUCCUUCAAGAUCGUGCUUUUAUAAGAGUUCAAUACCUACAUCCAGACUCUUUUAUAUUCUGAUACCAUUCAAUCUUAAAUACUAGAUUUCAUCUCGAAGUACUUUCAAAGCAUACAUACGCUCUAACUCCCAUAUUUGAACUUCCAGUUACAUACCAAUAUGAGCGCUACAAAGAACCCAGACUCGGUCGCCAACCAACCUGGUCAGGUCGGAGCGAAAGUGCAUCCUUCAGAGCCAAUGAUGCAAGGCGGACACCAACCUGGACAGAAGGUCUCACCAGCUGACCAUGCCCCUGAAUUCAGCGCCCAAACCCUUCCCGCUGGCAGUGCCCCUGCUUCAUCAACAUACAAGCCAAACCCCGACCUCAACAACCAAAAGAUGUACCAAGCCGCGUCGUCGACGCUCACAGGCGCCGACAGCAAGGACGUUCACACUGGACUUGGACACCCCGGGCAGGGACAAACGAGCCAAGAGUUGCAUGACAAGAGAAAGGUACCAGAAACGGCACACGUCGGUCAGAAAUCUACGAGUGUGCAGAAUGACAAGGUUACCGGACGGGACCCGCACUUUGCGGAUCAAAGGAAUCUGGACGAUGUGCCCACGGGACAGAGGGGCAACGUUGGUGGUCCACCUGCUCAAGACAGGGUACCCGAGAGCGCGGAGACAGUUGCGUCGGAGAACCCUUAAAGGGUCGCGUUACUGUAUGGUAAGAUGCGCU